CUGCUUGUUUUGUCGUUUCGUCUGUAGCAGUCUAACCUCUCAGCCCCAGCUGAUGUUUUUCGGGUGAAAGGGUCACUCGCACAUUAAAGUGAGAUUUAGUCCUCGAAGGAAGCAAAAUGCUGGUCUCCAGGGGUUUGCCUCUCCUCGGCCGCGCCCUUGUCAGCUCGGCGAAGAGCCCAGCUGUCCACCGAGUGGCUAUUCAAGUGCGGAACUCUGGAGGAACAUUCCGUUACCGUGGGAUCGGUGAGGCCCCAGGCAGUGAAGCGCAAGAAAGAGCAGCUGAUAUUGCGUACACUAUCUUUUGGUGGUGGGUCUGUUUCAAGUGUAUAGUGAGCUACGACCACCUUAUUGGAGAGUAUGAUUGGCCCGACGCAUCUAAGUGGACUGACGAGGAACUUGGAGUCCCCCCAGAUGAUUAUGAACCCCCAAGCCGUUCUUAGAUUUUGUAAUUAAAUACAAUUAUUGUAAAUUUUAGCCGGGCUGAUAAUAAUGUACAUAUUUUCUGGUUUCACGCAACACAUUAAAUUUAUUCAAUGCUCGUAG